UAUAAUCGAUUAUAUAUUAUAGAGCAGUUAUGUUACAAUCAAGGUACAGUGUGCAAUAUCACUCCAUGAGCUAUUGUCCAUUUUCCUGUUUUAUGAUCUUUUCUUGAGAAAUCGUUUUUUUAUUUUAUUUUUUGUAAUUCCUCACUUUUGCCGACUAACUCCUCCACGUUUAAUAUAUUUCCGUGCAGGUUUUUAAGUUUGUUUUCCUGCAGUUUCGCGGCACCCAUCGUUCUUGCGCACCCCCACACAGAUGGACGAGUUAAGUUAGAAGUGGAUGGGAGUAGCGGCAGGACAGAUAUUCCGAGGGCACCCAUUGAACGAUCAUUCCACCUUGGCAGUGACUCUGAACCCAUCAGACGCCCAUUGCAAACAGCAAGCCGUCCAGCACUGCGAUGCCGAAGUAGCUUCUUGGUUUUGUCAUGGGAGGAGCAGCGUGCCAUUGGUUAGUUGCAGGGUCAUAAACCUCCAUACUCCACACUGGAUGAGCCCCGUUGGUACCGCCCACCUGGGAGACACCAAUGGUAAGUGAUCACUCAGGUACCAAACGGAUAAGUAAAUAUCAGCUUUCUCAAAGUCAGGAACUCUUAAGGAAUUAUCGCCCUAUAAUAGCAGGCUGCACAGAACCUCCCAUUGUCUAUAUAGGACACAAGCUUAUAACUAAUUUGUGUUCAACAUACAUGUCAACAUAACUGCAGUGAAAAAAGGGGAUUUGGGCAACAGAAAAUCUGUACAAUUCAGUGAAAACUGUCAUCCAUCAAAAAAAGAUAUGAGAUAUAAAAAAAAUCAUAUAUUUUGCUUUUAUUAUUAUUUUUAUUAGCACUAAAAAUAAUACUUGUAGUCAGACCCUGGAAAAAACAACAACCAGAGCAAUUAUGUGUGGAACUACAGAAUAUAACUGUAAUCAAAAAUCUAAGCUUUACUACCCAAGAAUAUUCGUUUAUAACCCUGAUAUGCAGGGAGCAUACAGUAUGUGUAUUGAGAUGGGCCUUCCCAGCAGGUGAUUUUAUCCACUGAAUUCUUUUGUUUGAUUUAAGCGCAUUACAAUCUGUGACACAGCAGCAGUGACAAAAAAUAUGAGUCUCAGAUAAAUCUUGAGAUUUGACUCCUUUGUUUCAGAGUACAAGAAAGGAAUCACUCACCACAUAGAUCUUUCCCUGAUAUGCCGCUACUCCAAGGCCAUGUCGGCGAGUGCUCAUUGGGGUGAUCAAGGUCCAUUCGCCCUGUGUGUGGGGAGCCACAGCCCCAUCCCUCAGGACAUGAAGCAGACACGGAGGAGGCCCGGAACCCAGACCGCCAGAGGCCCCCCAGGGCAUGGGAGCCCCCGGAGGACCACCGCAGGGAGAAUAGCAGCCCCUCACCCAGAAAAGGGCAGAGGAGAGCUCCGGAGGGAGGCCAUCCGGCAGCCACCGUGCAGGAGCCCCAGGGGGCCGUGGCGGCGAGCCCGCAGGCUCCACUGGCGGCCGGCCCCACCACGGCAAACCAGGCCCUGGGCCCAGAGAUCCAAGGGCCCCCCUACCCCCCAGCAAGGGCCCGACAGAGCCAGGAGGGCCAAAUCCCGCCAGGCAACCGCCGAGGGCGAGCCAGCACCCACCCGAGCACCCAGCCCCGGACAUCGAGAACCACCAACGCACCAGCGGCCGGGGGCCCCAUCCACCGGCAGGGAGUGUGGCGGGGGGGAAUAGAGCCCGAGAUGUUAUUUCGGGUGGAGUCUAGGACCCAACCUGACACAUGCGUAUAGACAAACAGGCACACACAUACACAAGCAUACGUUCCCACCCUCAUGCACACAUAAACAAAUAUUUACACAUUCACCCAACAUAGAGAUACACAGAAAUGAACGCUGUACACAUACUCUCACUCCCCAUAUAUACUCUAUGUGGACCCCAUUUUUGUCCUCUGGCGAGGAGACCAGAAGACCACCCCAGACCCCGCAGCAGCCGAGAAGCGCACCAGCCCAGACCCCGACCAGACGGCCAGAUCAGUGGCCUUUCAAAGUCAGAUUGUGGACUUUUAUCGUCGAGAUCAUAUAUGAUCUUCAAUACAUCACUGAUAAUUGGCCUGCACGCCGCAUUGGCCUUCACCAGAUCGUUAGCUUUGACGAUCUUCAUAAAGUACGCCGGAUCCAUACGAGCCAUGCGAACCUACACAGGAAACAAGAAUGAGAGAAUUUCCAUGAGUUCCUUUGUGCUUUCUGUGAAUCUCUGGAGAUGAGCAAUUUCUAACAUUAAGAAUACAGCAGUAAGUGCAAAUUUUAAUUUCUUUAGCUGAAGCCAUUUACAUAGAAAGUCUCAGAUGUGUCAGCUAACACUUGUUUAAUGUAAGAUAUUUGAGUGUGUUGUUUUCCAUUAUUUGUUACACUCUCCUCCCAGGUGUAAUACCUGGAAGCCUUGGUUGUAGACUUAUCGGACAUGGAAAUGGAGGUUCGGUCUCUAGCUACAGUAAUAAGGACUUCACUCAAUGAGCAUUCUAUUGUUAUAUACACAAGUCAAUGCGAACAUAGUAUAACUAUACUCACCUUGGGCAACAGAACUGAAAUGUGGGCCUCUCGGGUGGCAGGCUCGUGCUCGAUCCACUGGAGGAUGGCCUCAAACACCGCAUCUUCCUGUUUCACAUUCAGCUCAUCCUUCUCAAUAAUGUCGCAAAGUUCU